UUUUCAUCCGCUUACACUCUUUUUCCGGCGCCAUUUUCACUAACUGUUGUCGCAGGAGAGGAUCUUGCAGUUUCAUACCCAGCGGUGCUUUCUUUCAGUAUCAGUGUCAUAUCAACGUUUAAAACAAACCCUCUUGCUUUAGUGCGAUUUUAUACGUAGGACAUAUCAAAUUGCUAAAGAAAAUGUCAAACGAACAGGCCGAGAACGCACCUGAAACUGCACUGCAGCCGCCGCAGCAAGCACCAGCACAGCAGCAACCACCAGCACAGCAACAGCAGCCGGGUGAAGUCAAUGGGAAGGCUAAGCAUGAACCCAACCUAAGCAGGAAGGAGAGACCCCAGAAGAGAGGUGGAGGUGGACGUUAUGAACCCUACGGAAACGUGAACAAAAGAUUCAGUGUGUUCGUCAGCAACAUCCCAUACGAUGUGAAAUGGCAAGCCCUGAAAGACCUGAUGAAAGAGAAAGUGGGUGAGGUAACGUACGUGGAACACUUAAUGGACGCAGAAGGAAAAUCAAGGGGUUGUGCUGUUGUUGAGUUCAGGACUGAAGAGUUGAUGAAGAAAGCAGUUGAGAAAGUGAACAAGCACAAUCUCAAUGGACGCCCCCUUAAAGUAAAAGAGGAUCCUGAUGGCAUCAUUGCCCAGAGAGAAAUCAACAGAGCUCAAGGUGGAGGUCCCCCAGGAGGCCAUGGUGGAAUGGGCGGUAUGGGAGGAAUGGGCGGAAUGGACCGCAUGAACAUGGAUCGAAUGGGCCCUGGACCAAAUGGGCCCAUGGUCAAUGUUCCUCCCAGCAUGAUGAACAACCCCAACAUCCCCUCUGAGAUUCUUCAGGGUCUCCAGGCUGGCAGGAUUGGAAACACAGUGUUUGUUGCCAAUCUUGACUACAAAGUGGGCUGGAAGAAGCUAAAGGAGGUGUUCGGCAUGGCCGGUACAGUGGUGAGGACUGACAUUCUGGAAGACAAGGAAGGAAAAAGCAGAGGAAUGGGCACAGUGACCUUUGACAUUCCCAUUGAAGCUGUUCAAGCUGUCUCUAUGUUCAACGGGCAGAUGUUGUUCAACAGGGUCAUGCACGUCAAACUGGAUGAAAAGUCCAUGCCUAAAGAUUUUGGACCACCUGAGAGAGGCUCUUCCCUUCCACGUGGACUUAGUGGUAUUGGCAUGGGUCUUGGACCUGGCGGUCAGCCUCUUGAUGCUGGCCAGCUGAACAGAGGUGGUGGAGGAAUGGGCAACAUGGGUCCUGGAGGAAUGGAUGGAAUGGGCUUUGGCAACAUGGGAGGUCGUAUGGGAGGAGGAGGAGGUGGAGGAGGAGGGGCAGGAAUGGACAACUUUGGAGGAAUGAACAACAUGGAUCGUUUUGGUUCAUCAGGCAUGGGCAGAACGAAUGAGAUGGAUCGUGGAAUUGGUGGUGCUUUUGACAGGGAGUUUGGGCGAAAUGAAAUGGGAAUGUCUCGCAAUAAUUUUGGAGACUCCUUUGAAAGAGGAAUGGGAAACUCUAUGGGUAUGGACCGGAUGAACUCUGGAAUGGACCGUCUGGGUAGCAACAUGGAUCGCAUGCAGGGAAUGGACCGUCUUGGCAUGGACAGGAUGGACCGUGGUUCUGACCUGGACAGGCUGGGUUCUGGCUUCGACCGAAUGGGCUCAGGGAUGGACCGCCUGGGGCCCAGUAUGGACAGAGGGGACCGAAUGGGCUCUGGCAUGGAUCGCCUUGGCCAAGGAGGGUUUGAUCGCAUAGGAUCAUCUAGUCUGGAACGCAUUGGAUCUGGCAUGGACUUUGGCUCCCCCAUUAACAUGGAUCGCAUGAGCAACACAAGCCUUGACAGGAUGGGCAGUAACUUCGACCGCAUGGGCUCCACUGGAGGUAUGGAGCGCUUCCCUUCGGGUGGCAUUGACCGUAUGAAUUCCGGCAUGGACCGCAUGGGAACUGGAGGUGUCGGUGGCCAGUUUGAUCGCUCCGGUGACAUGGAUCGUGGAUUCGGUGGCAACUCCUUUGGAGGAUCUGGUGGCAAUGCCAGAAAGGGAUGUCAAAUCUUUGUCAGAAAUCUGCCAUUUGAUUUCACCUGGAAGAUGCUGAAGGAUACCUUCAAUACAUGUGGUAUGGUCCAGUAUGCUGACAUAAAAAUGGAGAACGGCAAGUCCAAGGGCUGUGGCGUGGUCCGUUUCGACAACCCUGAAACUGCUGAACGCGCCUGCCGGACCAUGAAUGGUUACCGCUUGAAUGGAAGGGAGAUCGAUGUUAGAAUUGACAGAAAUGCAUAAGAUAUUGAUCAUGAUUAACAUCUGAAAAUUACUUUAGCCCCUCUAGUCCCCACCUGCUCAUGAAUUAACACACUUGCUUUGUUUAGAUGUAAGUGUAAUUGUUAUUUUAGUUUGUACUUUGUAGCAACAAUUGUUUUAGUUGCUAAAAUGUUCCUAGUUUUCUUUUUAGAGACCAAAUUUUUAAUUUUUUUGGAAAAGGUUCAUCUUUCACUGCCUUUGUUGUACAAGGUGUUUUGAUAAAUAAAUUCCAGAGUUUUGAAAAAAAAAAAAGACUUGUUUUGUUG